UGAUCGAUUCGUACCCUUUCUGAAACUCAACGCACCAUAUUAGAAUUCACAUGCGGUUGACAUAACACUAUUCCAACAUGGCAGUGAGAGGUCGCGAUGCCGACGAUAUGAUUGCCUCCCUGAUGAAAGAAAUGGGGCAGAACCAGGGGUACCACAGUGAACAAACGCUCACGCGAGACGAGGAUGUCAMUGCACACGAUGGAAAGGAAACCGGGCAGCAGAAUAAUUCCAAAUUCCAAACCCCAACUCCUCGGCGGCGGCUGUUGCCCGAGCUGCCGGAAUACCCGGACAAUGCAUUCCAGGCCGGAAGCCAAUCGAUUUGGAACCCAAUGGCCGAAGGAAAGUGUGGAUCUCCUGGCAGAAACGCCAGUGAUCGAGCGCAGAUAUCGAUUGUCCCACYAAUGGUUCCGACGAAUCCACGAAUUGAGGUGAUACGGAGGAGGGUCUUCGAAAAGUUUCGACAGGAAACCCAUACGCUACUGCAGGAGUUUCAGACCAAGAACCUAUCCUUUUCAUCGCGCUCGUCCGCUUCGGGCGGAAGUUUCAGCAAGAACAAGAGCAAGCUACCCAUUCCCUCCAUGAUCGACAAGUGGCACAUGGAUGCGAAACUCGAGGAACGCAAUAUUCUUUUUCAAAAUAUGGCAGCAUCGUCGUCCUUGUCGUCGUCCUCGUCCUCGAAACCAUCGAACACCAGCCUUCCAUCUGCUGCGUCCACCACCGAAAUUCUUCGAGAAAUCGCCACCCGAAAAAAGCACGGCAUACAUGUUUACGAUCCAAUCUUGCUGAACCAGCACUCUCCAUCCAUUUUCAUAGAGACAAUUCUGAAACCGCAGGUUCGGAAAAUGUGGCAGCAGAGCAACGAGCGAGUAGAAUCCAACAACAACUCGGAAUUCCCACCAAAGUUUUGCAAAAAAGCACAGCAGGUGCAAAAGGCAUUGUUCCGACUGGUCUGCCAAGCAAGGGAAUCCUUCGAAACGCAGCUGCUCCAGGAUGUUCGGCAAGAAUCCAUCCGGUCGACAACCGCAAAGAAAAGUCGCAGGGGAAGCAACAACAACAGGAUACCAAAACUAUCGAGGUCACCAACCACCGAUGGCGACUCUUCCUCUCCAUCGCUUGUGCGCGUUGCCUUCUCGGGUGUCACCCUGAAACUUCAUCCCGCAUACCUCGAAAAAUUACAGCGGCUCUACGAUCGGACGAAAGAGCGCCGCCUCAAACUGGAGCAUUCUCCGGAUAAUUUCUGCGCAGCCGACGCUAUGCAUCACAACCUUUCCUUCGAGGAGGCCCUGUUUUGUCUCCUGUGCCGGUAUGACAUGAUUCAGGGCGCCGGCCUCCAGGCGGGGGUCCCUGGUUCAAUCAUGGACGUCUUGUUAGAGCGAUUCGAUUGCCGGAUGGAGUGCUUCGCGUCGCCCCUGAAUUGCCGGUACGAUUGCUUUGCAUCGGCCUUUGUCGACGUCGACGCGGCCUUUGGCAGCAAGGGAUCGUUUUUUGAACUCCCGCUUUUGUCGGACAACGACGAUGGKGACGGCAACGACACCGAAGACGACGAUUCUCUCUCUUCUCGAGAUGGUGGCAUUUGCUACGAAGCCAACCCACCGUUUUGCGAGGGCCUUAUACAAAAGCUCAGUGAAACGAUCGAUGACGUCCUUUCUCCGCAACGAGCGCGGAACCAUCGGCGACCGAUCAUGUUCGUGGUCUUUGUUCCCGCUUGGCGCGAGUCCGGUUGCUACCAGGCCCUUCUCGCCAACGAGCGCCUGGAGGGGCAUCUCCUCCUGGAGCAGGGAGACCACUGGUACGCGGAGGGCACGCAGCACCGGCGGAGAGAUUCUUUUCGGGUGGCCUCUUUCGACACGAGCGUCCUGUUUUACCAGAACGUGGCCGCCAAGCGGCUGUGGAACGUGAAGGGUAAGGAUGCCGUCGUCUUGGACGAACUGGCGAAAGCCUUCGGUCAGGAUCCGGGGAAUAUGCAGAAAGAGAACCAAACAAUACUACCGCAGGGUCGAAGGACGAAACCAGCGACGGGCGCUGGUCCGAGCACUCCCGCUGUACUACCUGUCAUUGAAUCCAAUGUUGRCAAUCCACCAUUAUCUACAGAAGAUAGAAAGGAAAGCAUCUCUACCUCUCAAACCGAGUUGUCGUCUUCGACGAGAAAACAAAAGAAAGCUUCUACUAAAGAAAAGAAGAGGAAAUGGAAUCAACAGGAUGAAGGGAAGGCCCAAUUAAAUUUACUAGCAUCUCUCGGGUUGUCGUCAACAACAAAGGAAGGCACAGCCGACGAAAAGUCGAAGCCGGCGACUAGCCAUAAAUCAAAACGAAAGAAGAAAAUCAGACGGAAGAAAUAAUUGUAUCAGUGCUAUGUUCUCGGUGGGUAUAGUCAUGCAG